AUGGUGACUACUGAACAUCAGAAAGAAGGUGCUAUAUUAGCAUCCUUUGCAACUCUGUCUAUCAUACAGUUAAUCAAGGAUGCACAGCAGAAGCACGGAUUACGUCAUGGGGAUUAUCAAAGAUAUCGAGGUUACUGUGCUCGCCGUGUUCGAAGGAUUCGAAAAUCACUGGGAUUCACUCAUAUACAUAAAGGCGUUUUGAAACACGCUGCAAAGUUCAUUCCAAGGAAACUAGCACUUGAUAUUGUUACCGAAGAAAGGUUUUUGCAAAUAGCAGUUUUUGAUGCUGAAAGAAAUUGGUCGUACGCAAUUCAACUAAAACAAGAGGCUGGUGAAGAUACGCAUUCAAGAAAACGUUUUCAUAUGAUUGGAAAACUACGAAGAGCAGUGAAGCAUGCAUCGAAUCUUGAAAGUAUCAUCAAAAGUUGUGAGCGUGUAGACGGGGUGACGAGAUUAGAAUCGCAAGCAUAUAAUUCGUGGAUGCAUGGUUGUCUUCGUUUUGAACUGAAGGAGUGGAAAGGAGCCUUGGAGUGUUUCAGAACUGCCAAAAAAAUAUAUGAAAAACUUGCUGCAGUUGUGAAACUACCUGAUCUAGUAGAGCUUUACAAAGUGAGAUGUCGAGAAAUACAACCACAGAUGCGUUAUUGUGAAUUCAACUGCGGUGAUGAUGCAAGCUGUGAUGCUACAAUGUCCGAGAUGAUCAAUAUGAGACUACAGCUGACUGAGGAGGAGGGUGUUUUACAGGAAGAUUUUGAUAAAUUAAUAGCGGAGCUACGUACGAAAGCUGUCGUACAUUAUAUAAGGGAUAUUGAGUGGGGUAAUGAAAAGGUUGCUGUAACAAACGAUAAUGUCAAAAACCUUUUACAAGCUCUUGAGCAGUUUGAUCAUGAGCUUGCCCAAACAACAAUUCAUGAAGAUAAGAUGACUCUUUAUGAACAAUUGUUGAGCAGAAUCCGCGAUGUGAUACAAAUACUGAAUGAGGAGCAGAAGAAAUUAAUUAGUAAUGGAACUUACACUGAUAGUGCGCAGUAUCCGAAUCGGCUGACCAUUAUUUAUCUGGAAUUUAUGCGCCUCAAAAGAACAAUUGAACGCUAUGUCAUGAUCAUUGCACAUACCAAGACACAAUCAGAAAAGAAAAUCAAGCCGCAAGAUUUGAUUCGUUUAUGCGACACAGUGAUUGAAAAUAGUUGCGAAAUUUUGGAACUGCCAGGUGUUGCAACAAAUAAAGAUUUGGAAAUAUCAUACAAAGCGAAAGCAGAAUAUUAUCGAGCAUUCAGAUGUUUUUGUUUGGCUGAAGCACAUGCAGCUUUAGCAAAGUGGAAUGAAGCUAAUGUUUUAUAUGACCGGGCUCUAGAGCGCAUUUCGACCACUUCACUGCUAUUGAAAAAUGCGAAAAAAGACGCUUUUAUCGUGGAAAAGGAGGAUGAUUUAAAGAAUUUGCAUGAGCAAAUAACGGCAUCAAAAUUUGCUACGCAAGCAAAUCGUCUUGUUGAAGCUGCAGGUGGCAACAAAUGUGAUUCAAAACAAGAGAUUUUUGAUAGCAGGCCUCUCAUCGAUACUUUGAACGAAUUUCGUAAAAUUACACCGGAGGACCUACAUAAAGCGGAACAAAAUAUUCGCAUAAUAUCAGUGCCUCCUUCAUUCAUCCCUAUGCCGAACAAACCCAUGUUCUUUGACUUAGCCUUGAAUCAUGUAAAGAUGCCUGAUCUGGAAUCGAAGAUCUCUUCUUAUGCAAUGGACAAGAAGGAAACAUCGCAACGCAAAGAAAAAGGAACCAAAUCAAAGCAAGAUGAACAAGAAGCGAGUCAGCAAGGGAUUGGUGGUUUAGUAAAAGGAUGGUUUUGGCGGAAAUAA